AUGUCUUCCAGAAAGACUGUUCCAGGCGCUGAAAGCAAUGGCAAUUUGAACGGACUGAAUGACAUGAAUGGCCUGGCUCAAAGUGUAAGGAAUAAAGUUCAAGAAUACACCCCUCCUCCAGAUAAUUAUUCAUCAAUAAGGCCAUGCUCUCACAUAGUGACAGUACUUGACUCCAAGGCCAAAGAUACUGUGUUUUUAACGUAUAGACAAGCCCUCAACAUAUCACAGGUCAUUUCAAACGAUAGGUAUUACACUCAAAAGAAGGAUGGGUCAACAAUACUGAUAAGUAAAUUAAUUGAAUUAAAAUCAGAAUCUUUACACUGCUCAGACUGCUCCCUCAACAACUUCCAUCAUAACUUCAUAUGCUUACAAUGCCCACAUGUAGGUUGCUUUAACAACAUGAAUCAUGCCUACCAGCAUUUCAAGCAAAACCUGCAUUUUUUUGGCAUCGAUAGUAAUAUCGGCUUGCUAUAUUGCUUUAUGUGUGGUGACUACAUAAACGACCCUCAAUUGGAGAAGAUCCGUUUAGAAAUGACACAGCAAAAAGCUCAAGCAUCAACAUCAAGCAUAUUGCCGAACUCAGAUCCGCACUAUAUAGCCCCUGACUUUAAGGCCUCUACAGGGUUAAAAGGGUUUGUGAAUUUAGGCUCAACCUGUUUCAUGAGUUGCAUAUUGCAGACAUUCGUACAUAACCCAAUCAUCAGAAAUCAGUUUUUCAAUAAUGACUAUCACUUUUUUAAUUGUGAAAGUUCGCCUGAGUAUCACUUCCCCAAUGGAAACAUUGACGAAUCCAAUGCAUGCGUCACUUGUAGUAUCGAUAACAUAUUUAAGAAUUUUUACACUUCAUCUGAAAUUGAAGGCUUUGGGAUGACCAAUUUACUUUUGACUGCGUGGUACAAGAAAAAGAGCUUGGCUGGGUUCCAGGAGCAAGAUGCUCAUGAGUUCUGGCAGUUUAUUCUAGAUGAGCUACAUAAAGAUUAUAAAAGAGUUAAGAAAAUUGUGAAGGAGGAGGAAGAUGGUGACGAAGAUGAGGAAGAUGAGGCAGAUAAUGAUGAUGACAGUGGUGACAAAUGUAAUUGUAUAACUCAUAGAGCUUUCUCUGGGGAACUAGAAUCAUCGAUUAAAUGUCUAUCUUGUGAUUCUGUUACCAAUACCACUGAUCCAACUGUUGAUCUAUCAUUGGAAAUUAGGAGGGAUAAAUUGAAGAAUAAAUCCAAAGUUUCUCGAGAUUCAUUGACUCUCUAUGAUUGUCUUGAUUUAUUUACCAAAGAUGAAAAUCUUGACUCACUGUACAAAUGUCAGUAUUGUGGUGACAGAUCUAAAGCAAUUAAAUCAUUAAAGAUAAAGAAAUUGGCACCUGUGAUGGGGAUCCAGUUGAAAAGAUUUGAGCAUAAUCUUCUUAAUGAUACUUCAUCGAAAGUGGAAACGCCAGUCAAAAUUCCAUUGUUUUUAGACUUGACCAAGUACACUUCAGCUGUAAAUGAGGAACAAAUCGAACAAAGAUCAGAUGUUUCCUAUAUUGAUGGAAAUAAAGUUUACGAAUUAUUCGCCAUGGUGUGCCAUGUUGGCUCUGUAAACACUGGUCACUAUAUAGCGAUAAUCAAGGAUGGGAAUGGACAAUGGUUCAGAUUUGAUGACAGCGUCAUCACAAGAAUUAGCCAAGAAGAAGUCAUGAAUACAAACGCAUAUCUUUUGUACUACAUUACACACAAGAUAUAA